AUGAGGUUGUGGCGCGAGAGGGCGCGGUGCUCGAGGCCGUGGUGGCAGAGCGAGAGGCCGGGGCCGAGAUUGUGGACUUCGGCGGAUUCGGGAGAGAGUGUGGUGCCUAGUGUGGCGACUGCGUCGGUGACCCAGUCGGUAUCCGUGGCGAGUGAGGCCAGUGUGGAUGCGAGUGUUGGUUUGGGAGCGGGGGCUGCUCCGGGUUGGGGUGGUGCUCCGGCUCAGGGUCUUGAUGACUUAGUGGUGGGUUUGCUGACGCAGUUAUUGGCUCGUUUUCCGCCAGUGGUUCCACAGGGGGCUCCGGGAGUACCUCCAGUGGCAGAGGUGCAGCAGAGGGCUGCGGGAUUUGUUCAGCCGCAGGCUGUGGGUUUGAUGGUGCCGCCUAUUUGGAUAUGA